UGUUGGGAGUCUGUCUCUCCGCGGGUUCCUUUCCCCGCAGAUCUUGUUCUCGGUCGCUCGCGGUUCGCCGCCCCGCUAAGUCGCCGCGAUGCCGGUGUUUCAUACACGCACGAUUGAGAGCAUCUUGGAGCCGGUGGCGCAGCAGAUCUCGCACCUGGUGAUUAUGCACGAGGAGGGCGAGGUGGACGGCAAAGCCAUUCCUGACCUCACGGCGCCCGUGGCUGCGGUGCAAGCGGCGGUCAGCAACCUAGUCCGGGUUGGAAAAGAGACUGUUCAGACCACCGAGGAUCAGAUUUUGAAGAGAGAUAUGCCACCGGCAUUUAUUAAGGUCGAGAAUGCUUGCACCAAGCUUGUUCAGGCAGCACAGAUGCUUCAGUCAGACCCUUACUCAGUGCCUGCUCGAGAUUAUCUCAUCGAUGGGUCAAGGGGCAUCCUCUCUGGCACAUCAGACCUGCUUCUUACCUUUGAUGAGGCUGAGGUUCGGAAAAUCAUUCGUGUUUGCAAAGGCAUCUUGGAAUAUCUUACAGUGGCAGAGGUAGUGGAGACUAUGGAAGAUUUGGUCACUUAUACAAAGAAUCUUGGGCCAGGAAUGACUAAGAUGGCCAAGAUGAUUGAUGAGAGACAGCAGGAGCUGACUCACCAGGAGCAUCGAGUGAUGUUGGUGAACUCGAUGAAUACUGUGAAAGAGUUGCUUCCAGUUCUCAUUUCAGCUAUGAAGAUUUUUGUAACAACUAAAAACUCAAAAAACCAAGGAAUAGAAGAAGCUUUGAAAAAUCGCAAUUUUACUGUAGAAAAGAUGAGUGCUGAAAUUAAUGAGAUCAUUCGUGUCUUACAACUCACUUCUUGGGAUGAAGAUGCCUGGGCCAGCAAGGACACUGAAGCCAUGAAGAGAGCACUAGCCUCCAUAGACUCUAAACUGAACCAGGCCAAAGGUUGGCUUCGGGACCCCAAUGCCAACCCAGGGGAUGCUGGUGAGCAAGCCAUCAGGCAGAUCUUAGAUGAAGCUGGCAAAGUUGGCGAACUUUGUGCAGGCAAGGAACGCAGGGAGAUCCUGGGAACCUGCAAGAUGCUGGGGCAGAUGACUGAUCAAGUGGCUGACCUCCGAGCCAGAGGACAAGGAGCCUCACCUGUGGCCAUGCAGAAAGCCCAGCAGGUAUCUCAAGGACUGGAUGUGCUCACGGCGAAGGUGGAAAAUGCAGCUCGCAAGCUGGAAGCCAUGACGAACUCAAAGCAGAGUAUUGCGAAGAAGAUCGAUGCUGCUCAGAAUUGGCUUGCAGAUCCAAAUGGUGGACCUGAAGGGGAAGAACAGAUUCGAGGGGCUUUGGCUGAAGCUCGGAAAAUAGCAGAAUUGUGUGAUGAUCCAAAAGAGAGAGAUGACAUUCUGCGUUCCCUUGGAGAAAUAGCUGCUCUGACUUCGAAAUUAGCAGAUUUAAGAAGACAGGGUAAAGGAGAUUCCCCAGAGGCUCGAGCACUGGCCAAACAGGUAGCCACUGCCUUGCAGAACCUGCAGUCCAAAACCAACAGGGCUGUGGCCAACAGCAGACCUGCCAAGGCAGCCGUCCACCUGGAGGGCAAGAUUGAGCAAGCUCAGCGGUGGAUUGACAAUCCCACAGUGGACGACCGGGGAGUUGGCCAGGCUGCCAUCCGGGGGCUUGUAGCUGAAGGACAUCGUCUGGCUAAUGUUAUGAUGGGACCUUAUCGACAAGAUCUUCUGGCUAAGUGUGACCGUGUGGAUCAGCUGACAGCUCAGUUGGCUGACCUGGCUGCCCGAGGGGAAGGGGAGAGUCCUCAGGCCAGAGCACUUGCAUCACAGCUUCAAGACUCCUUAAAGGAUCUGAAAGCCCAGAUGCAAGAAGCCAUGACUCAGGAGGUGUCAGAUGUUUUCAGUGAUACCACGACUCCCAUCAAGCUAUUGGCAGUGGCGGCCACUGCCCCUCCUGAUACUCCCAAUAGGGAGGAGGUAUUUGAUGAGAGAGCAGCAAACUUUGAGAACCAUUCAGGAAGGCUUGGAGCCACAGCAGAGAAGGCGGCUGCUGUUGGUACUGCUAACAAAUCAACAGUGGAAGGCAUUCAGGCGUCAGUGAAGACGGCCCGAGAACUCACACCCCAGGUUGUAUCUGCUGCUCGCAUCUUACUUAGGAACCCUGGAAAUCAAGCUGCUUAUGAACAUUUUGAGACUAUGAAGAACCAGUGGAUUGAUAAUGUUGAAAAAAUGACAGGGCUGGUGGACGAAGCAAUUGAUACCAAAUCUCUCUUGGAUGCUUCUGAAGAAGCAAUUAAAAAGGACCUGGACAAGUGUAAGGUAGCUAUGGCCAACAUUCAGCCGCAGAUGCUGGUCGCUGGAGCAACCAGUAUCGCUCGUCGGGCCAACCGAAUCCUGCUGGUUGCUAAGAGGGAGGUAGAGAACUCUGAAGAUCCCAAGUUCCGUGAGGCUGUCAAAGCCGCCUCUGAUGAACUGAGCAAAACCAUCUCCCCGAUGGUGCUGGAUGCAAAGGCUGUGGCUGGAAACAUCUCUGACCCUGGCCUGCAAAAGAGCUUCCUGGACUCAGGAUAUCGGAUCCUGGGAGCUGUGGCCAAGGUCAGAGAAGCUUUCCAACCUCAGGAGCCUGACUUCCCGCCGCCUCCACCAGACCUUGAACAGCUCCGUCUAACAGAUGAGCUUGCUCCUCCCAAACCACCACUGCCUGAGGGUGAGGUCCCUCCACCCAGGCCCCCACCUCCAGAGGAAAAGGAUGAAGAGUUCCCUGAGCAGAAAGCCGGGGAGGUGAUUAACCAGCCAAUGAUGAUGGCUGCCAGGCAGCUCCAUGAUGAAGCUCGCAAAUGGUCCAGCAAGCCGGGUGUCCCAGCCACUAAGGUGGGUAUAGGAGUUGUAGCUGAGGCAGAUGUGGCUGAUGCUGUUGGGUUCCCUGUCCCCUCUGACAUGGAAGAUGAUUACGAACCUGAGCUGCUGUUAAUGCCAUCUAAUCAGCCAGUCAACCAGCCCAUUCUGGCCGCGGCUCAGUCCUUGCAUCGGGAAGCUACCAAGUGGUCUAGUAAGGGCAAUGACAUCAUUGCAGCAGCCAAGCGCAUGGCUCUACUGAUGGCUGAGAUGUCUCGGCUUGUGAGAGGGGGCAGUGGUACCAAACGGGCACUUAUUCAGUGCGCCAAGGACAUCGCCAAGGCCUCAGAUGAGGUCACUCGGUUGGCCAAGGAGGUUGCCAAGCAGUGCACAGAUAAGCGGAUUAGAACCAAUCUCUUGCAGGUAUGUGAACGAAUCCCAACUAUAAGUACCCAGCUGAAAAUCCUGUCCACAGUGAAGGCCACCAUGCUGGGCCGGACCAACAUCAGUGAUGAGGAAUCUGAACAGGCCACAGAGAUGCUGGUUCACAAUGCCCAGAACCUUAUGCAGUCUGUGAAAGAGACUGUGCGAGAGGCAGAGGCUGCUUCAAUCAAAAUCCGAACAGAUGCUGGAUUUACACUGCGCUGGGUCAGAAAGACUCCUUGGUACCAGUAGGCACCUAGCCAAACCUGGCUGUACAGAAACCCCAACUAAACAGGAGAAUAAUCUGAAUUCCAGAUGUCAUAAUGAAUUGCUGGGGAUCAAAAGCCACAUCCUAGCCAGAAAGAAAUGGGGGCCCUCUUUAUAUUAGAAAACAUUUAUAUACUUUUGUCAGGCACACUUUGAAACAGGUCUCCAUGUAUAUCCUGUAUUCCCAAACACAGUUAUAGUUGUGCACACACUCUCCCAAUAGGCAAACUAUUCUAGAAAGCCCAUGAACUUUAUGUAAACUAGGAACCUCAGAUGAACACUAGCCAGAAACUCUGUUCUAUCCCAACUCAUUAUGGGACAUUUCCUUCUGUUUCCCAUUCACUGGCUCUCAUUUUCCUGUUUCCAAGCAAGGGAACAGCAAGUAAGUUAAGAAAAUCACUGUGCCUCCAGAAAUUGUUUUAGGUUUUCUAUGUUGUUGCCAACCUUGCCUGUUUUCCUUAGGCUGUGCUACCUUCUUCCUUUUCAAAAGUAAGCUUCACAGCUACAGGAAAAGGUGGCCUCUGGGGAGUCUGGCAUAUAUGGCCUGGAUUCAUUGCCUAUUCUUCCAAAUUUAGUCCUUUUAGUUUCCCACUAGAAUAAUACCUGAUUUCACUGUCAAGAGGAAAUCCCAGAAUCAUACAAUUCUGGUUUUUACCAAGUCUGUGAGCAACGUCUGUAUUAGGGAAAUUUCCAGUCCCAUCUCCUUCCAAGGUAACUGUCUCACAAACACUUUGUCUGGUGCUCUCUGCCACUGGAGGGGCAGAGGAGCUAAGGCUAUGGUUGUGCCCAUCCUCCCAGAGGGCCACUCCCGGUGCUCCAUGCUUUGUCACUGCCUGCAGAGGCCUGAGCUGAGGCCUUACCGUUCAUUCUUAGCUCUUAACUUUUUUUCCCCCCUUUUUUCCUGAGCUGAAAUGCUGCAUUUAAUUUUUAACCAAAUCAUGGUAUAUACUUUAGGCCUUUGUUGUCGUCUUCCACGAUCCCUUACUAAAUAAGCUUUUAAAGACACAUAGGUGUGUGCUUGUAUUUUUUUUUUUUUUUGAUGGGGGUCUCACAUGUUGCCUGUGUGGAUCUUGCACUCUUGUACCCAAGUGAUCCUCCUGAGUCAGCCUCCCAAAUAACUGGGACUACAGGUUCACACUACCCAUUCCUAGCUUUGUAAUUUAAAAGAUUCUUUCUCUUUUUGAAAUUCUGCCCUAAGAAUUAGUGCUUGGUCCCCAAGAGUAUUUAAUGGAAAUAAAACCUUUUUUUGAAGGACACUUCCUAUCUAAGAGACAGUGGUAUUUGCAGACUAGAAUUCUGGUGCUGCUGUAGAUAAUGGGAAAUGCUCUCCUUAGCUCCUGCCUCCCUUCAACCAACUAAAAGCUGAGCCCCUAAAUAUGAUCGUUCAAGAGAAUGAGUUUUUCUCCUAAAAACAAGUGUUCAAGAGGAUAAUGAGUUCAUUUUAAUUAUCACUAUAGUAGUUUCCUAUUAGGCAACAUCAGAUAGAAGGCAACUUUUCCUUUUCUUGCACUAUCAGUGCUGUCUAAGCAUUCCCUAGCACAUAAAAUCAUAUUUAUUCCCAAACUCAGAACCAAAUGGUUCCUUCCUCUGCCCAAUGUGUUAAGAUUCCAACAAUGAAUGUGUAAAUCCUGUCUUACGUUGGUCCUAUACACUUGGGCAUCCUCUAUUUUCUUUUAACUAUUUUUUUCCAAGGCCCUCAGCAUAUGUUUAUAGUUGCUUACCUGACAUAAAUGCAAUAUUAAUGCCUUUAAUGUAUGAAUCUAUGCCAAAGAUCACCUUUUGUUUUACUAAAGAUUACUUAGAGGAAAUAAGGAAAUCAUUUGCUCUCCAUGUUCUUCCAGUGUUUUAAAACACUGGUUUACACUUUAUGCCAGAUGUGCUUUCUCUAAUAACAGUGCUCAAGACACAGUGAAGCAAAAAAAAAAAA